AAAAAUAAACCACCAUAAACAGUAAACCUUCGAUUUCGUUAAAAUCUCUCAUUUCUUCUCUCUCUGGAAAAAGAAAUUAGGGUUUCGAAAACUUUUGAAGCAGAGAUCGGAAGCAAAUGGAGAGUGCAUUAGCAAACGCAUCGGAAAUUAUAGACCAGAGGCAGAAAAUCGAGCAAUACAAACACAUUCUAUCAACUGUUUUCUCAUCCAACGACAUCGUUCAAGCCAAGAAAUUCAUCGAUCAUAUGUUAUCGGACGAUGUUCCACUGGUGGUAUCAAGGCAGCUUUUACAAACUUUCGCUCAAGAAUUAGGAAGGUUGGAGCCUGAGGCACAAAAGGAAAUUGCUCAUUAUACCCUUGCUCAAAUUCAGCCUCGUGUCGUUUCAUUUGAAGAACAGGUACUGAUUAUCCGAGAGAAACUUGCUGAGUUGUAUGAGUCGGAGCAGCAGUGGUCAAAAGCAGCGCAGAUGCUAAGUGGGAUUGAUUUGGACUCUGGAAUGAGGGUUAUUGAUGAUACAUUCAGAUUGUCAAAAUGUGUCCAAAUUGCCCGUCUCUAUCUUGAGGAUGAUGAUUCUGUUAAUGCAGAAGCUUUUAUUAAUAAAGCUUCAUUCUUGGUUAGCAACAGUCAGCAUGAAGUUUUGAUUUUACAAUACAAGGUAUGUUAUGCAAGGAUUUUGGAUUUAAAGAGGAAGUUCUUGGAAGCAGCAUUGCGAUACUAUGACAUAUCUCAAAUUGAGAAGCGACAAAUAGGAGACGAAACAAUUGAUGAGGAUGCUCUGGAGCAAGCUCUAUCUGCUGCUGUUACAUGUACAAUAUUAGCUGGUGCAGGUCCUCAGCGUUCUCGUGUUCUUGCCACACUUUACAAAGAUGAACGUUGCUCCAAGCUGAAGAUUUAUCCAAUAUUACGAAAGGUUUAUUUGGAGAGAAUAUUAAGAAAACCUGAAAUUGAUGCAUUUGCUGAAGAACUGAAACCACAUCAGAAAGCAUUGCUUCCUGACAAUUUUACUGUGCUGGACCGUGCCAUGAUAGAGCAUAAUCUUCUGAGUGCAAGCAAACUUUACACAAAUAUAAGUUUUGAUGAGCUGGGUACUUUGCUGGGCAUUCCUCCUCAUAAGGCAGAGAAAAUAGCCUCAAGAAUGAUUUAUGAGGAUAGAAUGAGGGGAUCAAUUGAUCAGGUGGAAGCGGUUAUACAUUUUGAAGAUGAUACAGAAGAGCUGCAACAAUGGGACCAACAGAUUGUUGGCGUGUGUCAAGCUCUGAAUGACAUACUUGAUAGCAUGGCAAAGAAGGGCAUGGCAGUUCCUGUGUAAUCCGAUGCAUCUACCGAGAACAAAGAAACUCAGAAGAGGAUUGACUUUAACCUUCUCCCAUAUGCGUAAAAGGAACAUCAUCGGUCACCUCUGGUUUUUACGAUUUCAGUUACUGGGGUUUAUUUUAGUAACUGCCAUUUUGUCUUUUGGGCAGGCAUGGGGAUUUUGAUAAUCAAUUAAGGGUCCCUAAUUAGUACUAUUGUUAUCAUUUCUUUUUCAGUUGUUUGGUAAGAAAGUUGCCUUGUUGGCCAGUUAUGAGGCCGACAUAGAUUGCAGAUUUGCCAGAAAUAUGUCUAAUAUCUUUUAAGGGUUUCACUGAACUUGAACUAUCAACUUUGUUGUAUUUUGUUGUUCAACUAUUAAUUUUUCCAAUUUAAUCACUAA